AGGGUUUGAGGCGUGAGGUGUGAGGUGUGUACAGCACGCAUGCGCUCGCGCACAAAUCAGUAUUUGAAGCCGAGUGUGUGAGCAGGUGUGUGUCAGUGUGAGGACGAGUGCUAGAGAAUCACAAGUUCGCUCAGCUCAGCUCGGCCACAAUGACCUGGGAUUAUUUCGGCUUCUCCAUGGUCCGCAGUGACCAGAAAAAUGAGACGGCCAUUGCCAUCAACAACCCGGCGGAUAUUUCUGUUAUUGUCAUCUACUUCGUGGUGGUCUUGGCUGUUGGAGUAUGGGCCAUGGUGAGGACGAAUCGCUCCACGGUCGGUGGAUUCUUCUUGGCUGGACGCAGCAUGGUGUGGUGGCCGAUCGGGGCGUCCCUGUUUGCCAGUAACAUUGGCAGUGGGCAUUUCGUGGGUCUGGCAGGAACCGGGGCCGCUGCAGGAAUCGCCAUCGGAGGAUUUGAAUGGAAUGCUCUUGUUAUGGUACUCAUUCUAGGAUGGAUCUUCGUGCCCAUCUACAUCAAGGCAGGGGUUGUCACCAUGCCCGAGUAUCUGAAGAAGCGUUUCGGAGGUCAACGUAUCCGAAUCUAUCUCUCCGUUCUCUCACUGUUCCUCUACAUCUUCACUAAGAUCUCUGCGGACAUGUUCUCUGGAGCCAUCUUCAUUAACCAGGCUUUGAAAAUGAACAUCUACUUGGCUGUUGUCAUGCUGCUGAUCAUAACAGCACUCUACACCAUCACAGGUGGUCUCGCCGCAGUUAUUUACACAGACACACUGCAGACCAUCAUCAUGGUGGUGGGAUCCUUCAUCCUCAUGGGCUUCGCAUUUGAGAAGGUGGGAGGAUAUGAGGGUCUGCAGGACAAGUACAUGCAGGCCAUUCCCUCUGUCGUGGGGAACUACAGUGAGAACUGUUACACUCCUCGUGCCGACUCCUUCCACAUCUUCAGAGAUGCGCUGACCGGGGAUAUGCCAUGGCCCGGCCUCAUCUUUGGCCUCACCAUCCAGGCAGGCUGGUACUGGUGCACGGAUCAGGUGAUCGUCCAGCGCUGUCUCUCUGCUAAGAACAUGUCCCAUGUGAAGGCCGGCUGCAUCCUGUGUGGCUACCUCAAACUCCUACCCAUGUUCCUCAUGGUGCUCCCUGGCAUGAUCAGCAGAGUGCUCUACCCAGACGAGGUGGCGUGUGUGGUUCCUGAGUUAUGUAAACAGUACUGCGACACUGAGGUGGGCUGCACCAACAUCGCCUACCCCAAACUGGUGGUGGAACUCAUGCCUAACGGUCUCAGGGGUCUGUUGCUCUCUGUCAUGCUGGCUUCUCUGAUGAGCUCCCUCACCUCCAUCUUUAACAGCUCCAGCACGCUCUUCACCAUGGACAUCUAUGCCAAAAUCCGCCAGAAAGCCUCUGAAAAGGAGCUCAUGAUCGCUGGCAGGUUGUUCAUGUUGGUCCUGAUCGGCAUCAGCAUUGCAUGGAUUCCCAUCGUCCAGACGGCUCAGAGUGGACAGCUCUUCGACUACAUCCAGUCUGUAACGAGUUACUUAGCUCCGCCCAUCGCCGCCGUCUUCACACUUGCCAUAUUCUGCAAGAGAGUUAAUGAACCGGGUGCGUUUUACGGCAUGCUGAUCGGUUUGGCCAUCGGUCUGUCACGAAUGAUCACAGAGUUUGUGUAUGGAACAGGAAGCUGUGCGAAUCCCAGCAACUGUCCCACCAUCAUCUGCGGCGUGCACUACCUCUACUUCAGCCUGAUCCUGUACGGAGUGUCCCUUGUGUUGGUGAUAGGCAUCUCACUCAUGACCAAACCCAUCGAUGACAAGCAUCUGUACAGGUUGUGUUGGAGUUUACGGAACAGUAAAGAGGAGAGGAUCGACCUGGAUGCUGAUGAAUGGAUCGAGAACCAGGAUGACAGCGACAUGGACAUGGACGAAUCCAAGGCAGACCCCAGCUGUUGGAGAAAGGCCUACAACUGGUUCUGUGGCUUUGAUCAGAAAAAAGCACCAAAGCUUUCCAAAGAGGAGGAGGCCGAGCUGAAGAAGCAGCUCACGGACACGUCCGAGAAGCCGCUGUGGAGGAACGUAGUGAACGCCAACGCCAUCAUCCUUCUGUGUGUGUGCGUCUUCUUCCACGGCUUCUUCGGCUAAACAACUGUACAGUACUCAGGUGCAUGUGGAAAUAAAUUCAUUUUGGUAACACUUUCUAUGAAGGCUAUAUAUAUA